CACAUCUUUUGCUGCAUGCAAGCACAACAUGUGUAUUCGAAAUGCAAAGAGCAUAUUAUAGAAGGCUUUGGACUGUUCCUGGUUGUAUACAGUAAUACAAUGAAGGCAACUGAAUUUAAUUCCCUAUGGAUAUUGAUUUCACUACUUUGCUGCCAGUUAUUGAACACUGCAGAGCACGAAGAUGUAGUAAAGCAUGCAAUAAAGCUGCAUCGUGGGAAAGGUGCUGCUGUCACACAAAGAAAACAAUGGGUCUUAGAAAAUUGCAGAAAGCUAUCUGGGCUCCUUCGCCAAAAGAACGUGGUUCUCAACAAACUAAAAAAUGCAAUAAGAUCAGUGGAGAAGGACUUGGGGCUGUCAGAUGAAGAGAAACUUUUUCAGGUGCAUACAUUUGAAAUUUUCCAAAAGGAGCUGAAUGAAAGUGAAAACUCAGUCUUUCAAGCAAUCCAUGGACUCCAAAGAGCCCUUCAAGGUGAUUACAAAGAUGUUGUAAACAUGAAAGAAAGUAGUAGACAGCGAUUGGAGGCCUUGAGAGAAGCUGCAAUAAAGGAGGAAACCGAGUAUGUUGAACUUUUAGCAGCAGAAAAACAUCAGGUUGAAGCCCUUAAGAACAUGCAGCAUCAAAAUAAAAGCCUGUCCAUGCUAGAUGAAAUUCUUGAAGAUGUUAGGAAAGCAGCCGAUAGGCUGGAAGAGGAAAUAGAAGAACAUGCCUUUGAUGACAACAAAUCAGUGAGAGGUGUUAACUUUGAAGCAGUUUUAAGGGUGGAAGAAGAUGAAGCAGACUCCAAGAGAAAUAUUUCAAAAAGAAAAGUGGAAGAUGACCUGGGUCUUAGUAUGCUUAUUGAUUCCCAAAACAAUCAGUAUAUACUUACCAAGCCCAGGGAUUCAACCAUCCCUCGUGCUGAUCACCAUUUCAUAAAGGAUAUUGUGACCAUAGGAAUGUUAUCUUUGCCAUGUGGCUGGCUGUGCACAAUGAUAGGAUUGCCAACCAUGUUUGGGUACAUCAUUUGUGGAAUACUCUUGGGACCAUCAGGAUUAAACAGCAUUAAGUCUAUUGUACAAGUGGAAACAUUAGGAGAGUUUGGUGUGUUCUUCACUCUGUUCCUAGUUGGUCUGGAGUUUUCCCCUGAAAGGCUAAGAAAGGUGUGGAAGAUAUCUUUGCAAGGACCCUGUUACAUGACACUUCUGAUGAUUGCUUUUGGCUUACUAUGGGGACAUUUACUACAGAUUAGACCAACACAGAGUGUCUUCAUUUCUACUUGUUUAUCCUUAUCCAGCACACCCCUAGUAUCCAGAUUCCUUGUAGGGAGUGCUCGAGGAGAUAAAGAAGGUGAUAUUGAUUACAGUAGUGUACUACUUGGUAUGCUGGUAAUGCAGGAUGUACAGCUUGGUUUAUUUAUAGCUGUUAUGCCAACCCUUAUUCAAGCAGGAGCCAGCACAUACUCCAGCAUUGUCAUGGAAAUACUGAGAAUACUGAUACUGAUUGGCCAAAUUCUCUUUUCUCUGGCUGCUGUUUUUCUUAUAUGUCUUGUUAUAAAGACUUAUCUCAUAGGACCAUAUUAUCGCAAGUUGCAUGCGGAGAGUAAAGGGAAUAAAGAAAUCCUCAUUUUAGGAAUAUCUGCUUUCAUCUUUCUUAUGUUAACGAUCACAGAGCUAUUGGAUGUUUCAAUGGAAUUGGGAUGCUUCUUAGCGGGAGCACUGAUCUCUUCUCAGGGUCACAUGGUUACUGAAGAGAUUAUGUCCUGUAUUGAACCAAUACGUGACUUUCUUGCCAUCAUUUUCUUUGCAUCUAUAGGUCUUCAUGUUUUCCCCACCUUUGUAAUAUAUGAACUCACAGUCUUGCUAUUUCUUACAUUAUCAGUGGUAAUAAUGAAGUUUGUUUUGGCAGUGCUUGUCCUUUCUCUGAUUCUUCCAAAGAGCAGCCAGUAUAUCAAAUGGAUUGUCUCAGCAGGGCUGGCACAAGUCAGUGAGUUUUCUUUUGUUCUGGGAAGUAGAGCACGCAGAGCAGGGAUCAUUUCUCGAGAGGUAUAUCUCCUUAUUUUGAGUGUAACUACUCUAAGCCUUUUGCUUGCCCCAGCACUGUGGAGAGCUGCAACUAUGAAAUGUGUACCAAGACCAGAAAGACGAUCAAGUAUCUGACAAGACUUGUACGGAAAUAAUAAAUUUUCUUUGGAAAGAAUCUCCUCAUUGCUCAUUGUGUUUCUAUGCAGCUAGAAAACCGGAGGUUUUGAUAUUCCUCUAAACAUGCACUUGGUUCUGAGCCUUAUACUGAUUUUAAGAAACAAAACACUACAUAAAAAAAGGUUGGUAUUUUAAUGAUUGCACAGCUUUUACAAAACUUUGUCCCAUAUUAGAAUUGUCCAGAAUAACUUUUGAUUUUAAUCCAAUCAGUUACACAGAGUAGAAAUUAUUUUUUUAAAUAUUGCAUCAUGCAAUCGCCUUGAAUAUUUUGCCUGUAUGUGCCUUUUUAUUACAUUGAUUUUUAUCCUCUACUGUUCAUUCAUCACAAAAUUUUGUUUAAAAA